AUGAAGUUCAGCCACGCUCUUAUCGCACUUGUCGCGACCAUCUCCCAGGCGCAACCUAUUGAGGAUGUUUCUGCUGCUUCUCACAUUGAGAUCGUGCCUGGUUGGAAGCGGUCUUUGGACAAGCGCGCCGAUUGUACCUUCAUCGUCUGGACGGGCGAGAAUUGCGGCGGCACGCCCACUUCCAUUUCGGUGAACGUCGGCGCCAAGGGCAACUUCAGCCCCAAGCAGAAGAGCGUGAUGGUCAAGUCGAUGGUCUCUGGUGCGCACCUCAGCCUGUACCCGGAUGCGAACCAGCAGCCCUCCAACUCGCCCUCCAUCCGUCUCACCGGGCUCAACAAGGACGAGUGCUUUUACAACCCCGCGGCCUGGGGGAGCUACGGAGUCUACAACAACUGA